AUGGCCGCGAGUACUAAUCAACGUUCAUCAUCCAAGAAUUGUCUAACAUGUGAAAAUCUACGUGAAGGCAAAGUAAAACUGGGUAUCUUGACAUGCGAUGGUUGUAGCCAACAAUUUUGCUAUCCACAUAUGGGCACACAUCGACAAGAAUUAUCGAAUUCCUUAGAACUUCUUGUCUGUCAACGUAAUCAAUUAGCAACUAUUAUCACUCCAGCUUUAUCCUCAAAUGAAAAAUUUCAGUUAACUGAACAGAAUGAUCGUAUUGAUAAAUGGGAAUCGGAGACAAUCGAUUUGGUACGAACAGUAGCAAACCAGAUACGUGAAAAUUUAAUUAAAAUAGCAAAUAAACGUUGCGAAUUUAUAAGAACAUCCUAUGAUAAACUCACACAAGAAUUAAAUACAUAUCGUGAAGCUGAAAACUAUUUUGAGUCGGAUAUCGAUCUGUUAACAAAAAAUUUGAACAAAUUAACGUGGGAUAUUGACCAUUUUCAAACAAGAUUCAAAAUAGAAAUAAAUGAUAAUAAAACUGACUGGACGAAAUUAAUUCAAAUAAAGGAUGAAGAUGAUCAAACAAAAACAGAUAAUAAGCCUAUAAAUAGUUCCUCAACUAUCGUCGACCAAUCGCAAUCACCAUUGGUUCUAUCGCGUAUUGAAACUGUGAUACUGAAAUGUCAACCGAAGAAUCGACUGCACACACGUAUUGGUGGCCACAUGCGUGCAGGUAACAGUAUUCUGUUAUUUUUCGAUGACAGAACGUUAUGGAGGAUCACAUGUAACAAUAUGAUAUUUUCUCAGCAACCUAUUGAAUGGAUUUACGAUUCAAUUAUCGAUAUAUUGUGGUCAACAUAUUUAAAGGAUUUUAUUGUUUUGACAAAGACAAAACUAAUGAAAUAUCGGGAGAAUCAAGAACUUGUAAUCCACGAUAGCGGCACCUGCACAUAUAUGAGUGCAUAUGAACGUAAACUUUUUCUAGUUCGUCAAGGUUACCUUAUUGAAGAAUACGAUAUGGAUGAUCGAAACUACUUAGAUUCACCUAAGUGUCGGUUACUUAAUUAUUGGAAGCCACCUGUAUCUUGUGCAGAAAACGAAAAGAUUCAUCGCAUUGCGGCGAAUAAGAAAUAUAUCGCAUUAAUCAUUUCAUGGAAUAUUCGUAAGAAGGAAACGAUAGCAGAUGAAACAUUUUUUAAAUUUGAGUUACGAAAUCACUCAAUGUUUUACCUUCGAAAUAUUAAAUUGGGAUACUGCUGUUCGUCGCUAUUAUCGAUAUCAGUUCCGAAUGAGUGGCUUAUGGAUUUUAGUGAUAGAACCUUCGUUACCAUUGACGAAGAAUUGAAAACGCGCGAACAAACAAACAUAUUGUCACUUCCAAUAAACAGUAUUCAAUUUAUGCCAGUCGAAAAUAAGUUAUAUAUGGCCGUUCGUUACAAACCUGUUAUGCUGGAUCAAACCAUGAUGAAUACAAUUGAAUUUUAUGAAUAUUUGUAA